CGAUAUCCACCUAAUCCUGCCAAAAUUGUUCUAGGAAUGGCUUUUGGUUGACAACGGAAACCUCCAGGCCAGCUCAGUAUGUCGUCAAACAAACGCAACUCGAUCAUGCCGGCCGCAUCUCAGGCCGGCCCCAAAGCUCCAGUCCACUUCUCGUCGAGUAUCACGAUACACGACUCGGCGAUCCUCUCCGGCAUGUAUCCAAUUACCAUCUCUUCCGAGUCUGUGAUUCACCCACGAGCCCGGCUGGAGAGCGAAGGUGGUCCCGUCAACAUUGGUCGGCGCUGCAUCGUGCAGGAGCGAGUGCUCCUCGGGGCCGGCGGAAACCGGGCCGAGGGUUCUGUUACUCUUGGGGACUACGUCACGGUCGAAGCUGCUGCGAACAUCGAGUGCGGCGGUACCAUGAUUGGCGAGGGGACUACGGUCGGCGUUGGUUGCAAGAUCGGAUCGGGCGCGUUUAUUGGCAAGUACUGCACACUUACACCUCGGUCUGUAAUUGCGCCCAAGGAACGAAUACCGGAUGGUACCGUAGUAUACUCAAACGGGAUGAGGCGAUCAGACAAACGUGGGAUCGUCGACCUCCGGAAAGAAGCCCAAGUUCGCCAGAUCGAGGCUCUGAGAAGAUUGAUACCUAGCACGCCGGCAAAAUUCCAAUGACGGAUGACGAAUGAUGGGCUAUGAAUAAUCACGAUUGCAAUUUCAUUGCGACGCUGGGCGUUUGGAGUUUGGCUUAUGAUAUACCCGAGAAAACGUUUUGUCUUAUUAGGUUUUAUUAUAUUAUACCUUACUUUACCUGGUGGCAGAGGCUGCCUGCAUCUGUAUCCUGAGCACAAAGUCAUGCACACUGCGGGCUUUCAAUCGGGAAAAAAGCGGUUACGCGCUCAAAGAUAGCGUACCUUGAGCCACUCGCUUGUACCCAAUCCCAAAUUAAGCCCGUUCUCGGCCCACCAUCGCCUGACGGCGGUUUGGUCGCCGAAGGAAUCCUCCAGCGCCUCCUCGAUAUCCAUGGUACGGUAUUCGACCUUUUUGGCAGGCUGCCCGUCCAUGCCAGGCAGUUCUCCCCUGGCGUAUUUCCUCCACCACUCCAGCACGUCAAUGUACGAGUAUAUCGUGGGAUCGACGAGGACUUGCGAGGUGAAGAUGAGGUUGUUGUCACCGCGCAGCAACCUCCAAGUCUCGAGGACGUCUGCCUUGCCGACCCGUGACGCCUUCAUGCAAACCUCGUCCUGAUGCUCGACUGGGAUCCCGCUGGUCAUCCACCAGCGCAGCACGUCCGUGUGCCCCGCCUGCGCCGCGUAAAGCAGCGACUUUCCCGGCUUGAGCUCUAUGGGCCUGGCGUCGGGGUCCCUGUUAUCCACCGGCCCGCCCGUCGACAUGGCCGCCUCGCGCCACCAGUCAAGCACGCGAAUGUGGCCCUUUGCGCUAGCCUGCUCCAUCGCCGCCUCGCUGUACUUGAGCGGCAAGCCCGACCGCCGCCACCACUCGAGCACGUGGAUGUACCCGUAUAGCGAGGCGUUGUCCAUGGCCUCCUGGUCGUACUGUUUCUCCAGAAACGAAGGGGACCUGGCCCACCAGUCGAGGAUGUCGGUGCGGCCGUAGUAGGCUGACGCCUUGGUCGGGAUGGUCUUGCCGUCAAAGUUGCGGAACACGAUCGGGCAGUGGCACUCGAUGUAGGAGAGCACACCGGUGAGGGCGAACUUGAAGAUGAGUUUGAUGGCCAGGGCCGACAGGUCCGUAAGGUUGGCGGGCGCUGUUUCCAACACGCUGCAUAUCGCCGCCGUGUCCGCGGACAGAAGGCGCCACUCGAGGCGGUGCAUGAAGACCUGCAAUGGGUCCGAGCUGUCUUUCGGCUCGGUCCGCCACGGCUCCGGCAUCUCGAGGGUUGUGAAGAUGCCGAGUGAAUGCGCCAGCUCCCAGUCUCUAGUGUGCUCAAGGAUGAGGCUCCAUAUCUCUGGCGGUAGCACCGGCUGUUUCUUGUGCCCCUCGGUUCGGGCAAAGGAUGGCGAUGUUGCCACCAGCUCACGAGCGGGCACGUCGACAUCAUGGCCCAUGGUCAGAAGGUCUGCCUGAUUCUUUAUUAUACCCAAGACUUCGUUUAGGCCAGUCCAUUCUACUACACGCUUAAAGUAUGGAGGCGUAUCCAGGUGCUCGUACCGCCACAGUAUGGGUGGCAGAACACGCACCCAAUGCCAUUUGCGGUGCAGUUUGCUUAUCUGGCGCUUGGUGACCGGGUUCUCCCACAUUGUCGUUGACAUUCCUGGAACAAGCAGUAUACGCUUGGAAGCGUCCCAACUGCGGAGAACCUCGAGGAUCAUGGUGUCGCAGUGCCCGCUCAUCAUCUUGGCCAAGUGAUCGGCGUCUAUGGGACAAAGAACCAUGAGGUCCGCCCAUUCGACCAAUUCGGCAGCCCUGUGUUGAUGCCGUGCUAUAGUUCGUAUUCGAUCGUCGGAUUGGUCUGGAAUCUUCAUUGGAUAGUUCCGCUCAACUGCAAAGGUCUGAGUGAGUUGCGGGGCAACAUCGUCGGCAACGACCCUGAUGGCUAUUUUGGGGUCUUUGGAAAGCCGCAUUGCGACGGCGGCGCAGGAACUCGUCUCACGCGAACCGUUGGCCACCACCAACAAGUGCAAUUUCGAGUAGCGAGGGUCGGGCAUAUCGGAUAUGGAACUGCUAGACGUGGCGGGCAGGGCAAGGUGCGGUGUCGUGACAUUGCCAGAGGGCGGCGGUUCGUCCGCGGCGGCAGCGGCAGGCUGAUCCAUAGUUUUAUGCAAUAAAGAACUUCUAAGCAAUUAAAAAAGUACCGCAGGUAUCUUUUCAAGGUUUGACGGUGCGGGCGCGUGCGCACAGUGGCUGAAUGCUGGUUUCGAUUGGUGUCGUUUUAAAUACGAGAGACACCGAGAUGUGUUCGAUGCGCCUUCUUGGGACGAGGUUUUUUUUUACGAAAACAAGAUUUGUCUUGAUUCGAUAGUUGGUGGCAACUGUUUUUGCUGCUGUCUGCCUCGACCAAUUUGAUUUCUAGAGUGCUAGAAAUCCGAGUGUCACAAAAGUCGG